CGGGCAGCAGGGGGCGCUCGCCGGCCCGACCCGGGCAGCACGGGCGGUCCCGGGGCGCGCGGCCCGGACCGUGAGGGAGGCGCGGCUGAGGAGAGGAAGGAGGAGAGCAGACAAGUGCAGGUACAGACCUCGUGGGAUGGGCAAUGCAGAGUGAAGCAUCAGAUGCGUUUCUCAGCAGUCUCAGCACAACAGAGUCCAGGCUGCACACCUAGGCUUUGGAUCAGAGCCUGAAUUUCCAGAGAGCUAGAAGUGGGAUCCCUACUGCACUCUUCAUUUUAAUGGUGUCUGCACUGUAAGAUGAGCAUGAGAUCUCUGUGCUCUGUGGAGCUCAGCAUCCUCCCAGCUCAGUGUUCAUCUGAACUUUGCCACCUUUGACUUAGCUGUUCUGGGCAGUCAGUGGCUGUGGAGGCCUUCAGUGAAAAUGUCAAAGUAGCAUCCAGUCAGACUUUGCAUGGCAUGAGGCAGAAACAGGAUUUUCUAGCAUGACAAUGCAGGCAAAGCUCAGAGCAACUCCAGGCUGCAAACAUCAUGAUGCAAGUGGAUGGAUGGGAAAAGAGUAGAAAGCAAUGGUCUGCCAAACAGGGAAGAGUCUUUAACUAAAGGUAAGAAAUCAGAAGAGAGAAGAUACAGCACUUUGACUCACCUGAAAACAUGCAGCAAAUGGAAUGCCAAGGUAGAAGAGGAUGACAGCCCCUGCCUCUCCUGUCUGACAGGCGCUCUGUAUGGAUGGAAGAGGCUAAAUUAAAAACAGCACAAGUGGACCUUUCUGGUUUUUUCUUGAUAACUGGUAUAAAGGAGAGAAGGGAGCAGUCUGUGCACUGCAAUUAACAUCAAGUGCUAUUGCAACUCAUCGUGUAUGCAAUAUAGAUACAAUCUCAGCAGAAAUUGAAUGCUGAGCUGAGCCAGAAACAUAGAGCAAUGCUGGGUUUUGAAGAAAGUAAUUAGCCCCAGGGACCCAGUGGUUUCUCAUUUCCCCAGUGGCAAAUACAGGGAAGUGGGGCAGUAUUUCCAAAGUCAAUUUAGACAAGAUACAGAGCCUAUUUAUAAACCACAGUUGUAACGACUGCUUAGCAAGAUGCAGGCGCACCUCUGGUCUUCCUGGAGUGUCCAUCACAUACCAGUACCAGGCUGCUUUGCUUUUGUGAGCUCUGGGUACCCCAUCUCUGUCCAGGCACUGAGCCAGCCCAAGCCCCUGCCAGCGCAGCUAGUGGAGAAUAGCCCAGUGCAGCAAUGCUUGGGCAUCCUUUGUCAAGGGCGAUGGUGUGUGACAGACCUGCCAGGGUCACUGUUCACCACGCUCUGCCUGCAGCCAUGUGCUGCGACCUGCCCUCUGCAUGGUGCCUCAUCCGACCACCUCUUCCUGUCAGCCCUGGGUACAGCAGUGGCCUGGCCCUUCCUUCUGCUGCCCUGCACUUGGCAGUGAAUCAAGGUUUUCGAGAACUCAUUGAUCACAUUAGUUCUGCUUUCCUUCUCCAGUAGAAGAUCAGAAGUGUAUACUGAAUCACAGAAAUAAGACAGCUGAUAGCCAGGAAAAUUUUAAUCUUACUAAAUACAGGACAUACUGGAUUAAAGCUGCAGCUCACAAUUAAUACAAGAAGCAAGGAAUUGAGCUGUUUAGGUAACAUAGAAGGGAUUAGAGUAGUCUCUAUUUAUGCUCCAUCUUUAAAUGAGAAUUUAGUUUAGAGCUAAAAUAUAUGCAGCCUGUGCCUGCUAUGGGUGACUGGAAGAUCCUGCUUCCAGGAUUCUUGCUCCUGCUUUCCUGACAUACUGCUUAUCACCUUUCUGCUGUUGUGACAUCCAGAAUAAAAUCUUUGGGGCAUAAUCACAUCUUUGACUCUUGUGAAUGUAUAGUCAAUUUCAGGCAUUGCAGUGAAAUGAAAUAAUUUAUUUCAGUGAGUUUGCCACACUGUUUUGUGUGUCUGUACCUCUUUCCCCAAAGCUGCACCCAACAGCGACACUUAGCACCAAUAUCUUGCAUGGUACCUAUCUUACAUGCCUGCAGUUAACACUUUUGUCAGCAUUUGUCCAGAAAUGCAUGGCCAAUGUAGCCUAGUCUGUGUAUUGCCUCAGAGGAGAGUUUUUCCUCAGCCUUCUUUCAUUCAGGUGAUGGGUAAAACCCAAAAGAUGAUAAAGAUCAUCUUCUGAAAUAUAAUUACUUUUCUGGUUCUGUAUCUUAAAGUAUUGGUCGCAGGAGCUUGGAAGUAAAUGCAAAUUUCAUCAUUUGGACUCUUAGAACUGUAAGACUGUGGCCUUCUGAUCCCAAGCACAUUCUCAAUCUUCUGAAUUCUGUAUCUCUCUCCUCAUUUUUAACAAAUUCUCACUGUGACAAAGUUACUUUGUCCUGAAAGCUGAUAAAGGUACUCCUGCAAAAGUCCAGCUGUGAGGAUUUUCCUGAAGAAGUAUGGGGUAAUGUGGAACCAUCCUUUUGCAGCAGCAGCCUUUGAUCCAUGAGCAAGGAAGCAUAAAGAAAAGAAAAUAAACUGUUUCCAUUUCUGCCAAAAAGAGGCAAGAAAUCACAUGUGAUUUGUUUAGGCAGCAGAUCUGUUGGCAUCUAUCUGAUGCUAUUUUGGAAACCAUUUGGCUGUUUUACCCACCACACUGUGCACACUUUAGCUAUAGGAGUGACUCUGAUGAGAUCUAAGGAGUCUGUCCAGCAUGCCAUCAAUCACUGAAAGAGGAAUAGCAGUGCUGAGGUGGCUUAUGGGACCCUUACCCAUGAUGAUUCCACCAUCUGCAACCAGCCCUGUCAGCGAUGCUGUACUCUUGCCAAGCGUGGCUUCUCAGGAAGUGUGGAGGUCACCAGUUCCAGGCUAUUCUGGAUUGGUCACACGGCACAUAAGUCAUCGCACCAACAACUUCAAGAGACAUCCAAAAAGAAGAAAACAUAUCCGUCCUUCGCCACCACCGCCACCAAAUACUCCAUGUCCUAUUGAUUUGAUUGACUUUGGGGAUCUCCAGCCUCAGAGGACUUUCUUGGAACUCCUGUUCAAUGGGUGCAUUCUCUUUGGGCUUGAAUUCAGUUAUGCCAUGGAAACAGCUUAUGUUACCCCUGUGCUGCUUCAGAUGGGGCUUCCAGACCAACUGUAUGGAAUGGUAUGGUUCAUCAGCCCUAUAUUAGGAUUUUUGCUACAGCCUUUGCUGGGAGCCUGGAGUGACAGAUGCACAUCAAGAUAUGGGAGAAGAAGACCUUUCAUUCUGGUCUUAGCAGUAGGAGCAUUGCUUGGCCUCUCACUUAUGCUGAAUGGCAAAGAUAUAGGGAGUGCCUUGUCUGACACUGAGAAUAACCACAAAUGGGGGAUCAUUCUUACGGUCUGUGGUGUUGUCCUCAUGGACUUCAGUGCAGAUUCAGCAGACAAUCCCAGUCAUGCCUACAUGAUGGAUGUAUGCAGCCCAGUGGAUCAAGACAGGGGCCUCAACAUCCACGCUUUGUUAGCAGGUCUUGGAGGUGGCUUUGGUUAUGUUGUUGGAGGAAUACACUGGGAUAAAACCAGUUUUGGAAAAGCUGUAGGAGGGCAACUUCGCGUCAUCUAUGUCUUCACCUCAGUUAUACUGACUAUUGCUACCGUGCUGACUCUAAUUAGCAUUCCAGAAAGACCCUUAAGGUCCUUUAGCAGGAAGAAAAAGGUGAUGAAGAGUCCAAGUCUUCCUCUCCCUCCUUCUCCACCUUUCUUCUUUGAGGAGGGUGUAAAUGAAAACUUUGCUUCUCAUAACUCAGCUCACUUACAUGCAAGUUUUACGAGUCCCGUUUCCCCCAUCAGCCCACUCACGCCAAAAUACGGGAGUUUUGUCAGCAGAGACAAUUCUUUGACGGGAAUUAAUGAGUUUGCAUCAUCAUUUGGGACUUCAAAUAUUGACAGUGUGCUUAUAGACUGUUUUACAGGCGGGCACAAUAGUUAUGUACCACUUCCAGCUAGUUUGGCCAGGCAGCCUGUCAGUGUUAGCUUUCCUCAGGUGCCUGAUGGCCGUUACCAAGGAGAAAAUGGAGUUCUGGAGCAAGGGGAGAGCAGCAUAACAUCUGACGGCGACGCACUAAGAGUGGGCUCACUGGAUGCAAUAAAGCCACGGUCGUCAGGGAUCUUGAAAAGACCUCAGACCUUGGCCAUUCCAGAUACCAUAACAGGACACUGCCCAGAGAGUAACAGAAGAAGAAAUGUAACCUUCAGCCAACAGGUUGCUAAUAUCUUGCUGAAUGGUGUUAAGUAUGAGAGCGAGCUGAAUGAAUCAGACGAGACCUCUGAGCAACCACUCUCUGUGAAACUGCUUUGUUCGACCAUCUGCCAGAUGCCCAGGGCUCUUCGUAACCUCUGCAUCAACCACUUCUUAGGAUGGCUUUCGUUUGAAGGGAUGUUACUCUUCUAUACUGACUUCAUGGGAGAAGUAGUGUUUCAAGGGAAUCCAAAAGCACCUCACAACUCAGAUGAGUAUCAGAAGUACAACGCUGGGGUCACCAUGGGCUGCUGGGGAAUGUGCAUCUAUGCAUUCAGUGCUGCUUUCUAUUCAGCCGUGCUGGAGAAGCUGGAGGAGCGGUUCAGCACACGGACGCUGUACUUUGUGGCAUAUUUGGCCUUUGGGCUGGGCACAGGCCUGGCCACCCUCUCCAGAAACGUCUAUGUGGUGCUGUCACUGUGCGCUACCUACGGCAUUCUGUUCGCCACGCUCUGCACAUUGCCCUACUCCCUACUCUGUGACUACUACCAGAGCCGUGAGUUUAUAGGCUCGCAGGCAGAGGGCAUGCGGCGCGGGAUGGGCGUUGACAUCUCCUUGCUGAGCUGCCAGUACUUCCUGGCACAGAUCCUGGUGGCUCUGGCCAUGGGGCCACUGACAGCGGCUGUGGGCAGUGCCAGCAGUGCCAUGUACUUCGCCAGCCUAGUGUCCUUCCUGGGCUGUCUCUUCUCCUCCCUCUGUGUCACCUACGAGCUGCUGCCCACCGAGGAGCUUCCACCUGCCGAGGAGCAGCGUCCGCUCUUGCCUCAUGCGCAGAAUGAAUAAAUGGGAGAAGCUGCCACAGCCUCUGCUGCCUCAUUGCAUCACCCUCAGCCUUCCUAUUGUGGCACGACAGGCUUGUGCACCUCUGGGAUGGCAGCAGUGGGCAUGGCAAAUGACGAGAAAGAUCUGCACUGGCUUUGCUGAGCUUUCCCCUGCCUGUGGGAAGGUGAGGGGUGAGUCAGCAACGCCUGCACUGCUGGUCCUUCCCCUGAGGUGGCAAAGGCCUGUCUGUGCCCCUGGGCCACAGCAGCAGCAGGAAGUGGUGGGGCCAUUCCCUCCAGCUGCCUCGUGGUGCUGUCAUUCCCAGGGGAACCAGUGGUUUUGUCCAGCAUGAGACAGGAGGCCCAGAAGUCUGGUACCUGGGCAGGGCAACCUCGGUCUCUUGAGUGGCAGGGAGCUGCUGGGCUGGGCUGCACACGCCACUGCGAGUACUGCAGCGAUCUGCCAGUCUGGGGGGGCAGAAGGUGCCAUCUUACUGCCAGGCAGAGCCUGAUCCUCCAUCGCCAAGGGCAGUGGUGAUUCCUGUGAGGCUUUUGGGAGCUGCGGGUCCAACCUACAGCCUCUGCCUGUGGUAGGCUGGGCUCUGGACGGUGCUUUCUAAGACUUUGGAAAGGCUGAGAACAACUGAUCCUGCUUAGAUGAUGUAAGUACUCUAUGAAGUGCCAUGGUUGGACUUCUCUUUGUACAGAGCUCCCACCAAGUGCUACGAGAAACCACUGUGGGCUGAAAGUGGUGUGGCCUGGCUCCCAAACCCUGCUCGUUAGGUCCUGGCUGUGGUCCUUGGUAAUGUUUGCCAAUAUGUGCAGAUUUCCUUCCACAUUAGACUUUUAAUUAAGACUACAGGGGUUUGUGAUGACUUAGCAGGAGGAUGGACAGUUGUCCAUAAUCCAGCUUUGGGGAGAAGGGUCUUUCUUCAUCAGCCUCUCUUGGGUAGAAGCUUACUCUCAGAGCUAAGUUGAGAAUUUAAGAAAAAUAAUUUGUAUGAAAGCCUUCAUCACAUCAUCGUUGUUUAUACAGUUUUACCUUGUGACAUUUUAAAAUCUGCAUGGGGACCAGUGAAUAAGUGCUUGUCAGCUAGAACUGCAUCUUCCAUAUCUCAGUAAAACUAGUAAAAGGGCUUUGGGUUUCAUUAUCUGCAAGAUUUUUUAAUUAUUCUGAUUUUAGAAGGUGGUAAAUGUGCGAGAACUUGUACAAGUUCUAGUUAAGGCCAGGAGUUAAUUUUAAGUCAUAAAUAAAGUUAAAACUAUUUCUAAAAUCCCUAUCAGUCUGCUUCCAUAUUUGGGUAGGCAGCCAGUGUUUACCAAGGCUGAGGGACACUUUGGUGUUUACAUGUGCAUGGCAUCCCUGUAGAGGUUAUUUCUGCUUACUUGGUCUUUAAGUCUUGAAUAAGGGUUAUCACGGGAAGGUCACUCUUUUUAAAUGAGUUGUACUUAAUUGUACGCCUAAGUUUAUUCUGAUGCUUGAUCUACAGUGCCAGGAUGAAAUAAUUAGUGUAAUCUUUAGCUGUUGUGGCUUACUAUACUCCCAUGCUGAAAGCAUAAUACACAACUUGUAAGAACCCCUCAUUUUUAUCAUCUGUUCCUGAGUAUUACUUUUUUAAAAAUUUAUUUUAGAAGCAAGUCUCAUAUUACUCAGUAUUGACUUAAAUGGAGGAAUACUACUGAGAUUACAAAGUCAAGCACUCAGAGAUAAAGGACUAUCAGAUUGAUGAGUAUAUUCAUCUUUCAUUUCUUUGUUUGGGCUUAUGUAGUGUCAUAUCUGCAGGAAUAUCUGUGAUGUGUCAUUUCCUUGAUUAUGGGGCAGCUGUCUCCAAAAACGUUCAGGACAAAGCUGGAACAAAAUAGCAUGAGAAAUUGUUGGUACUUCUGAUUUUGACAAUCUAAAGACUUGACUUUGGAGAAUUUUUCUUUCUUGUUGGUCUGCCUUGUAACCUUAAUUUCUCUUCCUUAUCUUCUCAAACUUUUAAACUCAAAAAUUAUUUUAUUUCUUUGUUUGGUCCCACUAGUUAAUGUGGUAUCAGGUCUUAAAAUGUUUUUGCCUCUUAAGUUUUGUAGCCAGCAUUAUUGCACUAAAUGAAUUGUGAGCACUUUCCUUUUCUAGGUAGCUGGAGUUGCAGAUCAUUUUGUUGCAAGUGAAAAUCUUCAAAAGGUUCAUACAAUUGAUGAAAUCAGUGUAUCUGAUGAUAAUGUAUGUCUCCAUUACCAUCUGUAAAUAUUAUGAGCUACGUUUAUAUAGUUAUAAAACUAUUGCUAUGCCUAUAUGCAUUACCCGAUAAAAUAUAUAUUACAUUUUCUAUUUUAUGGGAUAUGGACUUUAUUUUGCAUAUGUAUUGAUGUAGUGUUACAUACAUAGUACUUUUAAGUCAACAUCUGUUAAUUAACUGUGUGUUAAUUUGGAGCUUUGAGCAAUACUAGUGGUGUCUGGAAAAAAAACAGGGACUGUCACUAUCAUGCAGAGUUGCACCAAGUCCAUAGAAAUAACUUUAGAAAGGUAUUACUUGCUUAUUCUCUUCGUCAUACAUUUUGUAUUUUACAGAAAUUACUGUAUAUGAUCCCUGUUGAACUGUGAGCUACAACGUGAUGUCUACCUUUUGGAAUCCAAAUGCUUCAUAUUCUGUCUAAAUCUGCAAAUUGCUGAUUAGAAAAAAGAUGCAUGAGUUUAGGCAGGAAAAUGAUUUUACGCUGUGCUGCUUUUCAGCGAUGCCUAAAGGUUAAUUUUGAAUAAGUCCAUAUCAUUAAAGGCUGAUGGCAAUUAUUUGUGGAUGCUCAUAAGGUAUUUAUAACAGAUGUACAGAAGCAGGGAGAAUGGGGAGACUGACGGAGAAACAACCUUAUCAGUUGUCUCAUGUUUGUAAUGAAGCUAGCUGUAAGCAUUUCAGCAUAUGUCUGCAGUUCACUCGACUUCUGCUGUGUCUCUCAAAAAAAGACAACCUAAUAAUUUCAGAACUUCUGCUGUGUCUUUGAAUGGAAAAAAAUGAGUCUUUUCAAGAAUCAAAUAGAAUAAAAUUGUAUGACUAUAUAUAUAAAGAAAAGCUAUAUUGUGGACUAUUCAAAAGAGUUUUCUAGUCAAUUUAUUUUCUACAAAUGAGUAGUUAGUCAUCUCGUACUCUAUAGGACAUACACUUUAUUUUAUUAAAAAAAGAAUUUGUGUAAAAGGUAGCUUUCUUAAUAUUUGUUUUCCCUCUCUCAGACUGGGACAGUCUUAGGGGAGAGGAGAAACUUUUAGAUGCCAUUACCAUAAUAACACCCAGUGGAUUGCAUUAAGUCCAAUAAACAUACUGAGAAUUCUAUGA